AUAUAUUCUGUUCAUGACCGGAGAUGGAUAUACUCAGUUCGUAAACCCCUGAGACGCAGGUCUUCAGAGAUAAUCAAUAUUUAUUUUAAAUUCACUGCAACAAAUUUUAAAAACAAGAUGAUGAAGCUUCUAGUAGCCUUCACCGUAAUCGGCGCCUGCGUCGCCUACCCUGCCGAGCCGAACCAAGCUCCUCAGGCUAUCUCUAAGCCCUUCGCUGGCCAGUCCAACAGUGACCUGCCAUCGCUUCCUCCAACCUUCUUACCAGGAGGUCCUCACAGGCCGGCGGAGGGUUCAAACGGGCACCUGCAGGGUCCGAUUCCGGUGGGCCCGGCGGGGCAGGCGCAGCCCCCGGUGGGGCCAGGUGGGCCGGCCGCCCCCCCGCAGGGCGAUGACCUGAAGACCGACUCCUCGUUCUGGCGCAGCUACUACUACGGCGGCUACCCGAGCUGGUACUCCACCUACUACUCCAGCCCGAGAUACUACUCAUCGUACUACACCCCUUACACCUACCGCUCGUAUUACCCCUCCACUUACUACUGGUACUGAGAAAGUCCAAGAUCUUCUAGAUUUUUAAGUACUCGUAAGAAAGACCUCAUCUAUGUAAGCAACAAGUCAGUUGAACUGAAUUGCACUGAGUUUAGUAAUAAGUGAUUGUAUUACUUACUGAUAUCAACAGACUGAUUUAAAUAAAUAAAAACAUUAAUAUACUA